UGACACCGUGAGAGGGAGGGGGAGGACCAGAGAUGAGCCGUGAGCAAUAGUUCACUAGAUGUGGGAUACGGAGUGGGAUAUGCAGCAGAACAAGAUCAGAUGGCAGAUAUACUAAGAAAGUGAGAGACACGUGGAAGAGGAGAGACUGCCGGCCACCGCUGCUGAGAGGAUAAACUGUGACGAGUCGAAUUGUUGAUUGGACCGGACCAGCAGGCCAUAAAUUCAUUUAAUUAGUCCGCUGUUCUAUUUUGAGAUAAAAAAAAUUACGAUUUCAGAGCUUGGCUGAAGUAUUUCUGUAAUUUAUUUAUUUUUUAUUUUUUGUCUGUUUCUGGACCCCUGGACAUCAAGCAGAGAAGGACAGGCUGGGACCCUCUCCAGCUCUGGUGGAGAAAUAGAUUGUUUUAAAUCAGGCAGAAACAUGAAGAUAUUAACUGAUUAUUUACUUUGCUUUCUCGGGAUGAUAGAGUGGUUUUACCCUUAACAGAAGAGAAGAAGAGAAAGGAGCUUGAAGAAAGUCAUGCAGCAAUUUGGCUAGUGAAAAACAAAAACCUGGAAGCUUUGGAAAAGAAGGAAAAAUAAAGAUCUGCUUUUAUCAAGAACACAUGAACAAAAGAAGUUGACGACUGAUACCAAGUUGUGACCAAACAGAGCUGUGCACCUCUGUGAGAGGGCUCAGCUGUGCAUGAGCCAGGCUUGUUGCGUGAAGCCCCCCUGGCUGCGUUCCACUGCGGCAUGAGCGUAGGAAGGGCCCACCAUCACCACAGCUUUCUGUGCUCUGAAGAAGAAGGACUUAGACUCAGCACCAUGCCGGCCGUGGGCAGCUUUGGCAAUGGCAAGAUCCACACAAGACGCAAAGGCCACAGCCGGUUUGUCAACAAGACCGGCCAGUGCAACAUCCACUUCUCAAACAUGGAUGAGAAAUCCCAGAGAUAUAUGUCAGACAUUUUCACUACUUGCGUGGACAUCCGCUGGCGGUACAUGUUCCUGCUCUUCAGCCUGGUGUUUGUGGUGUCCUGGCUGACGUUCGGCUUGGCCUUCUGGGUCAUCGGCCUCCUGCAUGGUGACAUGGAGAACAACAGAGAGGAUUUUGUUCCCUGUGUCAAGCAGGUAAACAACUUUGUGACGGCCUUUUUGUUCUCCAUUGAGACCCAGACGACGAUCGGUUACGGAGCUCGCUACGUGACGGAGGAAUGCCCAGCGGCUGUCUUCAUGGUGGUCUUUCAGUCCAUCAUGGGCUGCAUCAUUGACGCCUUCAUGAUUGGCGCCAUCAUGGCCAAGAUGGCGCGGCCAAAGAAGCGUGCAGAGACUCUGCUGUUCAGCCACAAUGCGGUGAUCGCCAUGCGGGAUGGGAAGCUGUGCUUCAUGGUCAGGGUUGCCAACCUGAGGAAGAGCCACAUUGUAGAGGCUCAUGUUCGGGCUCAGAUGGUGAAGCCCCGCUACACAGAGGAGGGCGAGUACAUCCCCCUGGAUCAAAUCGACAUGAACGUUGGCUAUGAUAAAGGCACCGACCGCCUGUUUUUGGUCGCUCCCCUCACCGUCAUCCAUGAGAUCGACGAAGAGAGUCCCCUGUUUGGCAUCAGCAAGCAAGAACUGGAAAUGUCCGACUUCGAGAUUGUGAUCAUCCUGGAAGGACUGGUGGAGGCAACGGCCAUGACGACGCAAGCGCGAAGCUCUUACCUGCCGUCUGAGAUCCUGUGGGGCCACCGCUUCGAGCCUGUCAUCUUCGAGGAGAGGAGCCAGUACAGGAUCGAUUAUGCCUACUUUCACAAAACCUUUGAGGUGCCGUCCACGCCCAGGUGCAGUGCCAAAGACAUGGAGGAGAGGAAAUUCCCAACGUCUGGCGCCAACUCCUUCUGCUACGAGAACGAGCUGGCCUUCAUAAGCAGAGAUGAGGAUGUGGAUGGAGACACUGAGACGGAAAAAGACAAAAGUUGUCCGUCGGAGCUAACCCCGACUGACCGCAUUCAACCAUCUUCUCGAAGAGAAUCCGCACUUUAACCUUUGUCUGCUGACAGAAGGGCUGUCAUGGCUGAAGUGGGUCGGCUUGUGAAUGUCAUUCUGCAGACACUGGGACACCCAUGAGGACAUCUUCGUUACAAUUUGAAGAUCAGUGGUACACCAUGCCUGCCACACAAGGAAUAAAUUCAAAAUGACACGGGAUGCACAACUUUUUCUUCCUUUUGAGAUGGUUCAUGAGCUUUAUUAGAUGCAAACUAAUUGAAAACUGUCCUACUGACGAGGAUCUUAAAUCUGAAGUGCAUGAAAUCAACAUGGUUUUAUAUACAGUAUAUAUAUAUGUAUGUAUGUAUUUUGAGAAAAAACUUCACAGCUUAAACUGGACCAGAUGCAGCUGCAAAAUGACAAGGCUUUGCAGUGAAGCUGAUUAUUUAAUUUGUAGACUAUUUAAACAGAUUUUCAUCUCAGCAUCAUACCGUACAACUGCAAGACUCAAAGUCAUGCCAGUAACUUGAUAAAAGGGACAAAAACGUAAAUGAUAAAUUAACUAGAAAAACUCCUUGCUACAAGUUAAUACACAUCUUAAAAUCACCCUCAGUCACAAAUACACAAACGCACACGCACACACACUACCUUGAGCUUUUCCAAAUUGUGUCACCUCAUCUCAAACCAGUCCGGACCUAUUUCUAACUCACAAAACUUCUUCCCACUUCACCAUCAUCCUCUACUUUGUGUUGUUUUAUCACAAAAUCCCAGUUAAGCACAUUUGUCCACAAUGUACACAUGUGGUGUAUCAUGAUAAGAUGUGUUCUUACUAAAAGAGUAACUGCUCAGAGCCAAAAUGCAACAAAUACCAAAUCGCUAAAAAUGAAAGAUAAUGUCUUCUUUAAAAAAUGUUAUUUAGCUAGUGUAAUGCAGUUGUAGCAUCUUGUAGUUGUUUUUAUAUUAAUCAGGACAUGUCAUCCAACCAAAUGGCCGCCAGGGCCCCUGAACUAGUCCAGCAAAAUGUAAGACUGUGCCAAUAACGCUGACCUCUAACAUAGAAGCUUCCAGCUUUCAGAAGAAUUACACAAGGGGCCCUUCUGCCAAGGAAUCACAACACAGUUUGCUGCUGAAGACGGUUUCACAGUAUGGGAGUCAGGGAAAUAUAGAAUAAGCUUUUUGAUUGUUUGUUUGUUUUACCUCUCUUCAUCUUUGAUUAUAGAGGUGAGGUGGCAUCUCGUUCAGCUAAUGCCCAAAGUGCAAAAAUGCAAAAAAAAAAACUACACAAAAACAAGGAAAAAUGUUAUGAAACACAAAAUGAUCAAUUAUAGGAAUAAGAAAAGAAAUAUCAAGCAUGCACAUUUUUAAUAAAAACAUCCUGAUCCUUGAAUAUUUUCCAAUAAAACACAGGGUCCACUUUUUGAUAAAAAUGGGUGCUGUCGUUAAAUUGACUUGACAUCAUCGUGUCAGGGGAGAUUUUAUGUUGUCCUGUUAUUUAAAAUGUGCAACAUUGCAAGAUUUGAGCAGUUCUCAUCACAAUCUGUUCACAUUGGAGACAAACCAUGCAAAAAAAAAAAAGAAGAAGAAGAAAAAAGACCAAAACAAAAUCUGAAACCUUCGAUUUGUUGUUAAUGUGAAUUGAAGGGGGGGAGGAUAUUAACUAUGUGUUUCAUACUUACUGUAAGUAAGACUCCUGAUUUGAAAUGACCUGCUGAUGUAACUCCAGAUCAUUUGCUGAGUUACAUUUGACCCCUCCACAGAAACAGACGCUUUAAACCCAGGCCCUAAACCUCAUAAUAGACGCCUAAAGUACUGUUAUAAGACACUUUAAACUGUUCAUCUUCGCUGUUUGUAUUUCUUAUAGUAGAUAAGUAAUAAAGCCUGUAGUUAGGACUCCUGAUUUUCUCCCUGGCUGAGACGAAUGACUUUCUCCUCACCGUUAGUCAAACCAAAAGCUCUAUGUGGGUUAGCUUUGUGCACCUGAUGCCCAUUUCAGCAGAUUUGGGUUUUUUCCCCCCAAUAUAUAUAUGUUUCGCUGACUUGUGCUGAAAGCAGCAGAACCGGCUGUCUCUGGAAACCAAAGGGUGGCUCCUCUGCACUGAGGUCAGAUCUUCCUGAAGAAACACAAAAGUUUAAAUCUGUACAGCUGUCUGGAAAACAUUUUGUAAAUAGUUUGUUUAUUCCCCCCCCUCCCCCCUUCUGACUUAAAAGUGAAGAAGAAAAAAUAAAGGGAAUAAAGCGUAACAUUUUCUCCAUAUAUUUUUGCUUAAAAGAUUGAAAAAAAAUGUGCAAAGAUGAUUUAUUUGUUCUUGAUGUCUUCCACUGAAUGUAUCCCAAAUUGAUUUUAUUCUGAUUUUUGCCUCGUUUCGUUUUGCUUUGUUGUGAGAAAAAACAACCUGGAAAUGCACAGAGUACAAAAGAAAUCUCCAGAUUACUAUAAUAAAAUACCACGAAGCCAA